UGGGUGCUGCCCACCGAGAGGAACCGUCCGUCAAGUGUAGAGCGCUGCGUGCUGGAGCAGGCUUUUCAGAGGUGUGCAUCUGUGUUUUACAGAAUCACAGGCAGAGCUGAGGGGGAGAGGGACUGCGUAAGAGGAAGCAAUGAAUCCUUGUUGAAGCAACAGGCGGCAGGAGCUGUCGGCCAGACACUGCUGGACACRGAGAGCGGAAAGCUGACUCGGAGACGAGCGGCCCGAGAUGUUUGAACACGUCGGCCCUUUGGAUCCUGGCGUCUGAAGAGUGAGUGUCCUUGCUUCAUGAGGCUUCAGAUUUGAACCCAGGCUGGUGCCCCGGCACCGGCGCCGCGCCGCCGGCGGGAUGUCGAGCGCGGCACCGUCCAGGAAGCCGUACCGCAAGGCGCCGCCGCAGCACCGCGAGGUCCGCCACGACGUGCCCAUCCUCCGCGACGAGCAGGACGGCGUGAUCUUGGCUGAGCAGAGUCAGGAUCCCUUGACGGAUGCAGAAAGGAUGAAGCUCCUGCAGCACGAGAACGAGGAGCUGCGCCGGCGGCUGACCUAUGUGACCGGCAAAAUGGAGGCCAUGGAGAGGGAGCUGGAGUCGGGGCAGGACUACCUGGAGAUGGAGCUGGGCCAGAACCGUGAGGAGCUGGAGAAAUUCAAGGACAAAUUCCGUAGGUUGCAGAAUAGCUAUACUGCCUCCCAGAGAACCAACCAGGACCUGGAGGAGAAGCUGCAUGCCCUGGCCUCUCUCAGCCAAAGCUGGAUUUUUGCAAUUAAGAAGGCAGAGAUGGACCGCAAGACGCUGGACUGGGAGAUUGUGGAGCUCACUAAUAAGCUGCUUGAUGCCAAAACCACCAUCAAUAAGCUGGAGGAGCUCAAUGAGCGGUAUCGGCAGGACUGCAACCUCGCCGUGCAGCUGCUCAAGUGUAACAAGUCCCACUUCAGGAACCACAAGUUUGCAGAUCUUCCCUAUGAGCUGCAGGACAUGGUGAAUAAGCAUUUGCACAGCUCCCAGGAGUCUGCAGGCCCUGGACAAGAGGCAGCCCACACCCUGGCCCCGUCGGACGUCGUGCCCACCUCGGUCAUUGCCAGAGUCUUGGAGAAGCCGGAGUCGCUCGUCCUGAACUCAGCCAAGUCGAGCAGCGGCAGCUGCCCCAUGGCCGAGGACGUCUUCGUGCACGUGGACAUGAGCGGAGCCGCUGCCGACGCCUGCAGCGGCGCGGGGAAGGAGGCCGGCGGRACGGGGAGGCAGCAGAACGGCGGCUGCAGGCCCCAGAGCAGCGUGGAGAGCGCGCCCGAGGAGGCGGCCGCCUUCGAGAAGCUGAGCCCCUACCCGACGCCCUCCCCGCCGCACCCCAUGUACCCGGGCCGCAAGGUGAUCGAGUUCUCCGAGGACAAGGUGCGGAUCCCCAAGAACAGCCCCCUGCCCAACUGCACGUACGCCACGCGCCAGGCCAUCUCGCUGAGCCUGGUGCAGAGCGAGGACGAGGGCUGCGAGCGGCAGCGCGCGCAGCCCGGCAGCCCGGCCUCCGAGGGGCGCCGCUCGGCCUCCAGCUGCUCCUGCCAGCCCUCGCCCAAGGCYGCCCGGGCGCGCGGCUCGGCGCAGAGCAGCCCCUUCAGCAGCCCGCCCCAAAUCCCCAGCGCCUUCGCCAGCUCCGCCAGCUCCGAGGAGGACCUGCUGGCCAACUGGCAGCGCAUGUUCGUGGACAAGGCGCCGCCCACGUCGGAGCGGGUGCUGCGGCACCGCACGGCCUUCGGCCGCGACACGGCCCCCGAGCUCCAGAAGAGGUUCAGCCGCUCCAUGCAGGAGCUGGGGCGGGCAGCCUCGGCCUACUCGGAUGGCGAGGAGUCGGCGCAGAGCUGCAGCUGGACCGUGAGCCGGGACUCGAGCGUGGACACGGACAGCACCGAGUCCAGGGCCCGCAGGAGCCACUUCUCCUCGGACUACGGCACCGACUUCUCCCAGGAUGAAGCCCAGAAGCUGCUGCAGGGAAACGGAGGAGUCGCUGCCGAGCCUGGGAGCCCCCCGCCAGAGAAGCACAAGGACUACGUGGACCUGGGCCUGGCAGAGAGCCCAGCUGAGGAGAGGGAGAUGCUGCUGCAGGGAAGCAAGGAGAGCAGCCCGGCCUGUGCCCAGGAGGAGAGCGGAGAGGGCCGGAUGAGGCCGGCCGGCGGCCGCCCGCACCGCAGCCCCAAGAGGAUGGGCGUCCAUCACUUGCAUCGCAAGGACAGCCUGACGCAGGCGCAGGAGCAGGGCAACCUCCUCAGCUGAGGCAGGGGAAGCGGCAGC